UCAAGAUGGCAGACACCACCCAGGACGUACCGGCGCCAAAGAAGCGCUCCUUCUUCAAGCGCGCAGCUUGGCAGGAUGCAGCGAAGAAAGAGGGGGAGGACAUGUUCAGCCACGCCAACGAGUUCAAAGACAUGGUCGCCGAGCAAGACAGGCAUAGAGAAGAGGUGGAGCGCAAGGCGGAGAGCGAACGACAUCACAAGCAGGCAGGACAGCGUCAGGGCAAGCGGCGGAAGGUUUCGCUUGAGAGCGAGGAGUCUAUUGUAUCGGGGAGCGGGUCUGGAAAGAGAAAAAGAACGGGCAGCAAAGCACGCAGCAGAACACCACACUCACCAGUACCAUCCUGUCCUCUGACAGACUCACUCGCAGCGCGCUACGACUCGCUGCUCAAGUCCGCAUCCUCGAGCCACACCCAGACCCCUAAGGAAUCGGUCGUCAUUGACCUAGACGACGAGCACGAUGCGCCCUACAACCCCAAAGCCUUCAACGACAACAAUUUGACCCUAGAUUAUGCAACUUGGAAUGUGCAUCGCAAGCAAAUGCCUGUUUUGUUAUCGAAGCGCCCUCCUGUGGAAGACGACGAAGUAGAGGAGAUUCUUGACCCCACACUUGCAGCACUACAAGCAAAGGCGCGACAGCGAGCCGCACAGACAGCGCAAUCCACUACGACUCCAACAGCAGACGGCGAGCCGUCCAAGGAUCUAAUUGCACAGCUCUUCAUCAAACCCCAAAUCCCAGACGCAGAUCCUCUGCUGGUCAAGGUUCGUAUAGACAGCACAAUUGAUAAGCUACGACAAGCAUGGUGUGAGAGGCAAGGGUUUUCCGCCGACAUGACAAAGAAUGUCUUCUUCACGUGGAAGGACACGCGCAUAUAUGACAGCACAACAAUAAAGCGGCUAGGCAUGAAAGUAGAUCAGAAUGGAAAUGUGUCUGUGAAAGGAGACCCCAACAUCUAUGACGAUGUAAAUCUGCCAAAGGUAUUUGUCGAAGCUUGGACUGAAGAGCUUUUCCGGCAGCGGAAGAAAGAGGAUGCUGCAGAUGCGGCAGCGAAGAAAAAAGCCACGGAGCAGCCACAUGAGGCCGAGGAGAGGGAGCCGACCCCAGAACCCGUGCCUCAAGUGACGAAAAUUCGUCUCUUCCUGAAAGCAAAGGGAAAGGAGGACUUUCGCUUAUCGGUCAACCCGAACACCACGUUCGCCGACAUCGCACAAGCCUACAAAUCCAAGCGCGAGAUCGAUAAAAACCAGCCACUUACUCUUACAUUUGAUGGCGACCGGCUUUCGCCUUUGGACAUAGUAGCAGACUCCGAGAUUGAGGAUAUGGAUGGAAUAGAAGUCCACUUCAAGUGAACACCAUCCUUGUUUCCAACGGGACAUCAUCACAACGAUCAUCUUGGCGUUUUGGCGCGGCCUGGACUCUUGUUAGUUUGUGCCUUUAGGCCCAUCAUGAGCAUGGCGUUGGCGGACCUUUAUGGGACAAUGGGUAUCCCUCUUUGAUACGUAUCGUACGAAUUACGCUACCGCCUUGAUGUAAAUCUUUGGAUAUUUUCUUAUUCAGUAAUAUCCCUCACUAU